AGAGCUUUUGUCGUCCAACGGUGCCGAGUCAAUCCAUUGCGGCCGCCUUCUCUGUUGUGUGUGUGGGUCUGUGCAUAGCGCGCUGAUCUCGCACCUUUUUUUUUCUUUUCCCAAAUCUAGACAUGACCGAAAACGCCGUCGAAACGGGCUCCCCCUUGGGCAGCAGCUCCGUCGUCAACAGCACCACCGCCGCUGCGGCGACGCCACCCACCGAUCCUUUCCAAUUUCUGGCCCAGCACAUCGAGAGACGGGUGGCCGUUACCCUUCUCUCCAACGAACUCACCGACGCGCAGGACGGCGGUGCCGUGGUCACUGGCACCCUGCUGAGCGUGGAUGAUCUGUGCAACGUCUUGCUGCGUAGCUGGACCUGCACCGAGUCGGUCGCGGCUGCGGUUGGUGCGGCUGCGAUGCAUCCACAGCAGCAGCAGCGCAAGAAGGCGCGCACGGAAGGGAGCAGCGAGGAGGGCGAAAGCCUGCGGCUCAUUCGUGGCGCGCAGAUUGCCUCCAUUUCGCUGCUUGCUUAA